CGCUGCAUAUCUUUUAGUAAUCGUGCUAUCGACAAUUAAUGCAGUUAUCUGCCAAAAAUUUGUAACGUGUAGAAAAAUUAGAGAAUUUAAGCCGUCAACCGAAUUAAUUUCUACAUUUUUAUCUUCGAUUAUUCUUUUCUAUUCUUUGUUUUUAAUCAACAACAGCAACUUAAACGAUGUUACCGGCUGUUGUACUAUCAUCGAAAGCUAGGCACCGAUAAAUAGUUAAUAUGCCUACACGCAUCGCUAAUUUAUUAAUUCUUGCAACUAGAAAACAUUAGCAGAUUGCAGCAACUUAAUUCGAUUUAUAAAUCGGCCAAAGUACUUGUACGUACUUAUUUCACAAUUAAACGAUUGCCUGCCUCGGGGAAAUUCAGAUGCCAAAGAAUACUGUGAAUGGCCAGACAAUAAAAUAACGGUGCCCAACGGGUACACAAAACCAAAGUUGAACAAAUGAACACACACACACACAAACACCCACACAAAAUCAAGAAAGGAAGAAUCAUUUGUUAAGCAGUCGUCAGAAUUGCAAGCCCUUGCCAAAAAAAUGAAACAAACAAACAUACAAUAAUAUAAAGCAGUAGUUUAUUGUGUGAAACUGUUUAUUAAAAUAUAAACAAAUUUAAAAAAAAACGAAAAGAAGCACUCGCACACCGACACAGACACAUACACACGUAAAUAGUUUAUUUAGUUAUACAACAAUGAGCAGCCAGGGACAUCAUAAAAUGCACGGCGGAGGCGGAUGCAACAGUCUGGCAACACUGGCCAAUGGCAAGAACAAUACAGAUACUACCGCUAUAACGGAAUACACUGAUGAAAUAGAUCUGGGCGAUCGGUUCUCAGCGGAUAUAGCCCGGCUCUGUAUGAACGAACGUUAUGCAGAUGUGGAAUUCUUUGUGGAGGAACAACGGCUGCCGGCACAUCGAGCCAUAUUGGCUGCACGAAGCGAGUAUUUUCGUGCUCUGCUUUAUGGCGGCAUGUCGGAGGCGACACAGCGACAAAUUAGAAUGGAAGUGCCACUGGAGCCGUUUAAAGUGUUACUACGGUACAUUUACUCAGGCACUCUGUCGUUGGCCACACUGGAUGAGGACGCCGUCAUCGGUGUGCUGGGUAUGGCCAAUCAGUAUGGCUUUCAGGAUCUGGAAAUGGCCAUAUCAAAGUAUCUGCGUAGAUAUUUGGCUUUGAACAAUGUCUGCAUGAUAUUGGAUGCAGCACGGCUCUACAAUCUCGAAGAACUCACACAAGUCUGUCUCAUGUUUAUGGAUCGAAAUGCCGUCGAUCUGCUGCAGCAUGAUACCUUUAAAAUGCUUUCAAAGGAAUCGCUGGAGGAAGUACUGCGUCGCGAUUGCUUUUUUGCGCCGGAGGUGCAAAUAUUUUUAGCCGUCUGGAAAUGGAGUCGCUAUAAUCCAGAUAUUGAUAUCAAAACGGUUGUCUCCUUUGUUCGUCUGCCGCUCAUGAAUCUGGAACAUUUGCUACAAGUUGUUCGACCAUCGGGCAUUUUGGAGCCAGAUAAAAUUCUGGAUGCCAUCGAUGAGCUAAGCACCUCAAAGACAUUGCCCUAUCGUGCAGCACUCUGGCCAGAGGAGAAUGUGGCAACGGCCAAAUAUUCAGCGCACUGCAUCCAAGGCGAAUGUCGUUCAUCCUUGUUGGAUGGCGAUGUUACCUCGUAUGACAUGGAGCACGGUUAUACACGCCACUGCAUCACUGAUAGCAAUGAUGCGGGCAUUGUGGUUGAACUAGGCACUAUGUGCAUGAUCAAUCAUAUACGCAUGCUUCUAUGGGAUCGUGACAGUCGUGCUUACUCCUAUUUUGUAGAGGUAUCCGGGAAUCAACAGCAUUGGGAGCGCAUCAUUGAUUAUAGUGAAUACCAUUGCCGUUCCUGGCAAUUUUUAUACUUUGAGGCACGUCCACUGCGUUAUAUACGCCUUGUGGGUACACAGAACACAGUUAAUCGGGUGUUUCACGUAGUUGGCUUGGAAGCCAUGCACACAUCGAACUCACCCAAAAUCGUUGAUGGCUUUGUUGCGCCCAAGGCGAAUGUGGCCACCAUUGAGAUGAGCGCCAUUGUCACCGACGGAGUUAGUCGGACACGCAAUGCAUUAAUUAAUGGCGAUUUUGCGCGCUACGAUUGGGAUUCGGGUUAUACUUGCCAUCAGCUGGGCAGCGGUGAGAUUGUCGUGCGUCUUGGUCAACCGUAUUAUAUCGGAUCGAUGCGUUUACUUCUGUGGGAUUGUGAUGAUCGCACCUAUAGUUUUUACAUAGAGACAUCGAUAAAUCGCAAAAAUUGGCAAAUAGCCGUCGAUAAGCGGAACGAGAAAGCGCGCUCCUGGCAAAACUUUCAUUUCACCCCCCGUCCCAUUGUCUUCAUACGAAUCGUGGGCACGCGCAAUACAGCAAAUGAGAUAUUCCAUUGCGUUCAUCUGGAAUGUCCCAGUCAAGACAAGAGCUAUCUGAAAAAAAUAGCCGAGCAGCAAAAGGAACGCGAACGCGAAGAAUCAAUUGAGCAGCAGUCGAUAGCAGACGAUGAUAUUGCAAGUACGUCGCGUGCAGCUGCGGCACUUUCGUUGUCGGUCGCCUUAACAGCUGCCAGCCCGAAUAGCUUGACCCACUGGUCACGCAUUGCCACAGUCAAUUCCAAUUCCUCCGUUACAAAUCUGUCUAGCGAUACGGAAUUGCACUGUGAAUCAUUUGAUAAUCUGUCCACAUCUGCCACAGGUUCCGCAACGACUACGCCAUCGACGCCGACGACAAGCACACUUUUGGCUGAGCUAUCACGACUCUCACCUAGAUCACAAUCUCCACCAAAGCGUCAUCGAGACAGAGAACGAGAGCGGGAGCGAGAGCGGGAGCCUAGAGCUCCGCUCGUUGAGCUGGCUUUAGAGGAGAUCGAGCAGCCAUCAUCGCCAUCAGCUACUGAAAACUGAAUGUGCUUAGCUCCAUAAUGAGAUAAUUUUCGAAAUACUCCUGUGGUCAAAUGCGCUGUUGUUUACUUAAAUUUGUACAAGCGAGCACUUACCAAUUAUUUUACACAAUCUAUCCAAUUUAACUCUAAGCAAUUACUACAAUUAAUGCAAAUAC